CAACAAGACCUACUCGCCUUUCAAGAUGGCAUCAGCGAAUAUAAGCUGGCUGAUAAAGGCACGGCCCCGGAGAUUUGGGUCUCUUCUGGCGAUUUCCGAGCCACUAUACGCACUGGACGAGAUCUUGCUCUAGACUUUGGCCGAGUUGUUGGUGUUAAUGGCACGCUCAAAGAGUUCGAUCAGCUCCCGGGAUCCCGAAAUGGGACUGCACCCAUCAUUAUUGCUGGGACUGUCGGCCAUUCUACUCUCAUCGACAAGUUGGUUGACGCCGGCAAAAUCGACGUUUCCGAAAUUGAUGGCAAAUGGGAGUCCUACACCACGGCUCUUGUCGAGGACGUGACAUCUAGUAUCCCAUGGGCCCUUGUAGUUGCUGGGAGCGAUAAAAGGGGAACUGUGUACGGCCUGUACGAUAUUUCCCAAACGAUUGGAGUUUCGCCGUGGCACUGGUGGGCAGAUGUGCCGCCCAAGACCAAGACUGGCAUCUGGGCUCGCAAUGCUCGGAAAGUCCAAGGUCCCCCUUCCAUAAAGUAUCGGGGCUUCUUUAUCAACGAUGAAGCACCUGCGUUAACGGGAUGGGCGGAGAAGAACUUUGGGCUGACACCGAGCGGUCGACCAUUUAAUAGCGAAUUCUACAAGCUAGUGUUUGAGCUCUGUCUCCGGCUUCGGGCGAACUACAUAUGGCCAGCUAUGUGGGGGAGCGCUUUCUACGUCGAUGAUGAAAAGAAUGGCGUAUUAGCCGACGAGUACGGCGUUGUCGUCGGUACGAGCCACCAUGAACCGAUGGCCCGGUCGGAAAGGGAGCAACAGCGCGAAGUUGAGGGAAAUUGGGAUUGGAUCGACAACAAAGAGGAGAUCACCAAGUUCUUUGAAGGCGGCGUGGAGCGUGCUAAGAAUUGGGAGACCAUGUAUACUCUUGGCAUGAGGGGAUCUGGCGAUGCUGCUUCGCCUACUUUGACUGCCGACUCGCUGGUUGAAAUCAUCGGCGUACAGCAAUCUCUUUUGGAAGACAUCUUGGACAAGAAUCUGACAGACAUCCCUCAAACGUGGGUACUUUACAAGGAAGUAGGGCGAUAUUAUCAAUCAGGCAUGAAAGUCCCUGAAACGGUCACUCUGCUCUGGACGGAUGAUAAUGCGGGCAAUCUGCUUCGAACACCAUUAGCCAAUGAGACCGAUCGAGAAGGUGGUGCUGGUGUUUACUAUCAUUUUGACUACGUCGGUGCGCCACGGAAUUACAAAUGGAUCAAUACUAUCCAGUUGGUAAAGACUUGGGAGCAGAUGCAGCUGGCGUAUGAGAAAGGUGCUCGCGAGAUUUGGAUUGCUAACAUUGGAGACAUCAAACCUUUGGAAAUCCCGACUUCCCAUUUCUUAGAUAUGGCAUAUGACAUGUCCAACCACGCUGACCUCGACAGCACAACCAGAUGGAUCCAUCGAUGGGCCGCUGCCGAAUUUGAGGAAAGAAUCGCCGAACGGACCGUACAAAUCUUGAGCACGUAUGGCAAACUAAUCUUACGCCGGAAGUACGAGCUCCUCAGUCGAAAACCGUUUGCCUAUAGCGUGGCAUACUACGACGAAGCCGAGGCCGUUUUGGCUGAGUGGACAGACCUGCUCGAUCUUGCACAGCGCACCUACGACAGCCUACCACAAUCGACACGCACGCCGUUCUUUGAAAUGGUGCUGCACCCGGUCCUCGCAGGCAAGACCGUGGUUGAGCUAUACAUCAAAGCUGAGCUGAACCUCUGGCGCCAUCGUCAGCGCCGUACAAGCACCAACCAGCUGGCUACUGAUGUGCAGAGCCUGUUCCUUGAAGAUCAAGAAAUCACGAGCAGGUAUCACUCGCUCAAGGACGGAAAAUGGGAUCGCAUGAUGACACAAACUCAUAUUGGCUACGACAACUGGCAAGAACCCGCGGAGAAUACUCUUCCUACACUUGUGUACCAUGGGGAGGACAACGUACCCAAGUCUGGUAUUAUGGGUGUGUCUGUUCAGGGAAGUAACUUUUCUUUCCCAGGCGAUCCAGUGCCAGCUCUACUACCCAUGGAUUCAUACAUGCCCAGUUCGGAACAGCGUUAUCUUGACAUAUUCACUCGUAACAACGGGUCGUUUUCCUACAGCAUUACCAGCAGCAAACCGUACGUCACAAUUUCGAAUUCGGCUGGGACGCUGAGCACAACAGAAAACAUUUCCGAUGUUCGAAGCAUCAUCAAAGUAGACUGGAAUGCAGCUCCAGCCGGGUCAACGGAAGUUGGCCUGAAAGUCACACCCUCGAAUGCGCCCGGCAGUUGGCCCAUCACCUUCAACCUACCUGUCAAUAAGCGCUCUGUUCCAUCUGGCUUCAGUGGUUAUGUAGAGUCUGGUGGAGUUGUUGCUAUCGAAGCUGAGCACUACAGCAAAAAUGAGGAGAAGAAUGGACUGUCUUACGUGGUAGUCCCUCAUUAUGGGCGAACUUUGUCGGGAGUCAAGCCCUGGCCUGUCACUGCCGACUCCCAGUCCCCAGACACGGCGCCGAAACUUACAUACACGUUCCAUACUUUCACGGAGGUUGAGAAGCCUCGACUAUUGGUCUUUCUGGGUGCGACACUAAAUCACGACCCCAGCCGAGUGUUACGGUAUGCCUUUUCCAUAGAUGGAGGCGCCCCGGUCAUUGUCCAGCCUGUACCGACCACGCCCAUGGGCUCGGAACCUUCUGGUUGGACCGAGGCCGUAAUUGCUGGCGGUUGGACUUCCGCGAGCACCAUAGAAAUCUCGACUGGCUCGCACACACUGGACCUCUGGCUUCUUGAACCUGGUGUUGUUGUACAACGGUUGGUGGUUGAUGUAGGAGGGUAUCGGCAGACCUCGCUUGGUCCGCCAGAGAGCACUCACGUGGGAUGA